UAUACAAUGCAAAAAUUACGUUGAAGUAAGAACGAUAUCGCGUGACAUUUAGAGUAACCGCAAUAUGAUUGUUACUGAUCAGCGAUUUUAGAAAGUGUUGCAAUUCUUUAGAAUUUACAAAACGUAGAUAUAUUUACGUAUAGCCUGCUCGAUUUAGAUGUGGAUCUCUUGUCUCGGCUUUAAUUGUGUCUGCUCCAAUUUUCUCUAGGGAUUAUUUUAUCACUUGUGUUUGUUUUUAAUUCUUUGAAGGAUACUCUUAAAGUGACUUAUUCGCAAAGGAUAAAUUACACUAAUAGAUCUAGCAGCGCACGAGAUUGACACCAUGUGAUUCUGUGUGUUGAGGUGUUAUGAAAUAGUUCAGUUAUGCUGCUGAACAGAUCUAAACAUGGACAAAUUAAGAUAGGAAAGAUAACUCAGUUCUUCAACGAAACCAUACGUCGACCCAAAAGGGGAAGGUUAUGGCCCUUCUCUCCUUGGGUCAAUGCAGAGAAAUCCACGCUUCGAAGGGCAUAGUGACACAUAAGGCUAUUCUAUUAGUUGCUGUCAUCAUUAUCACAUUACUGCAUCAAACUUUUGGAGAGUCCUAUAGAACUAGUAGUCAGUUCAACAAUGAUGCAACUUUAAGAAGUAGAUCUACAGUUCUUCAUUUGUAUGAGCCUCAGUCCGCCAGUUGGUUUCAUUGUCCUUCUGAUUGGAUCUAUCACAACAAUCAUUGCUACUUCUUCAUUGAAGCCAAACUCUCCUGGACUCAAGCUGAAGCCUUUUGCAGCAGCAAAGGUGGAAAUCUAGUCUCUAUUACUAGUCAGACUGAGCAGAACUAUGUCGCUACACUUCUGAGGGAUAUCAGAUCACCUGAAACCAAUGAACCUGAGUAUAAAAUUUGGAUUGGCUUAGUUCGUCACUUGAAUCAAGCCUUUAUCUGGUCUAAUGGGCAAACUGCUGUUGAACAAGAUGGUUUCUGGGCAGUUAAUGGACUGGAUUCUAUUAAUGCUUCACCUAUCAGUAGACUCUGCUGUUACUUGAGGGCGGAGCCUCCUGCUUACCAAGACCUGCGAUGGGUUCUCACAAGUAACUGUGAAGAGCCUCAUGUUUCACUGUGCAUUAUGCAGCCUUGUGAGGAGCAGACUUUGCGGUGUGAGGAUGGUUCCAGAUGCAUCAACAAAGCAUGGAAGUGUGAUGGCCAUUGGGAUUGCAGGGAUGGUUCUGAUGAGGCCAAAUGCAAUGAGGGUUCUUCAGUCACACCCCCUUCAUACUCAAGACAGUGUGGAAGUCUAAUGAAAGGCGCUUCUGGUGUUUUGGUUUCUCCAAAUUUUCCUAGUCACUACCCUGCUUUUUCUAGUUGCACUUGGAAAAUUGAAGUUUUACCGCCAAGUGUUAUUGAAAUAACGGUAGAGACGUUAGCUAUUGAAGCACAGUACGACUCUCUUCAAAUCUUUGAUUGCCCCGAUAUGUCUGAUACAACACUGUUAGACUAUUUGGAUGGCAAUGUAUCCAAUACAAAAGUGAUCUCUUCAAAUAAUUGUGUGCUGGUCAAAUUUCAGUCUGACCACUCUAUCGAAGCCAGUGGAUUUAACAUCACAUGGCAAGCAGUUGAUUCUCAUGUUUCUGGCUGUGGUGGUACGUUGUAUGCAACAAGAAGCUAUCAGCACUUGAGAUUUCCUACCUCACGUUCUAGAGUUUUCAAGCAAACAAGUUGUGAGUGGUUGGUCUCAGCUUCUGCCAGUACUGUUCUACAUAUAUUGAUGAACAUCACCUUCCAAUUGAAAGGUCAAGAUACGAUCACAAUCUACGAUGGCCCUAACAGCAAGUCUCCCCUAAUCCUUCAGGUGAACUCUACUGUAGGUGUCAUAGCUCCUGGUGAAUCUCAGCCUGGAGUUGACUCUUUGGGGAUGGCCUCAAGCAACAUUCAUCCUGUGAUAGUUUCAUCUGGUCCACAUCUGUACAUUCAUGUUAGCUUAGGCAGCAAGACAACUGGUCAGAUACUUUCCUAUUCUGAAGGUUGCGAUGUUUUUAUUUCCUCUGAAUCGUCUUUCAUUUUGUCUCCUGGCUAUGCCAGCCUGCACUAUGUGAACAACCUCAAAUGUCGAUGGUCAUUUAAAAAACAUGGACUAGGCAAAACACAAGACGUUAUUUUUUUUCCAAACUUUCACACAGAGGCAAACAAGGAUUAUGUCCAAGUGAGGAACACAUCAUGUGUUUUAGAGACUCUCUCUGGUAUUCAUCUCCAGUAUCAAAGAGUGAGUGCUACAAAGUCAGACUUUUCCAUUGAGUUUGUUUCAGACUCAACAGUGAAUAGAGGCCAGUGGGCAGCUCUUGUUUCUUUUGACUGUGAUAAAUUUCCGGCCUCACCCCCCAUCAGUGUCAAUACUACAGAGAAUCAUUUUGGUGCAGUGAUUCAGUUUUCUUGUCCUCCUGAAAAUGAUCUCGUUGGCCCUGCCUUUGCAGUCUGUGGUGUGAAUGGUCAGUGGUUUCCAUCCAAGCUGCCCAGUUGUAAAAAGACAGACUGUGGACCAGCUCCUGCAAUAGCGAACGGUUAUUUGGUUGACCUCAAUGGCACAGAGAUAGGAAGUGUAGCCCAAUAUAAGUGUUUCAAUGGUUACAAGAUAGUGAACCAUGAAAAUGCCAUGUGCGAGAAAGGAGUUUGGAAAAAUGUCCCUGUUUGUAAAGCAAUAACCUGCCCCAAAGAGCCUCCUCCUGCUAAUGGACUUGCACUGGCUGAAUAUAUUAGCUAUGGCUAUGUGAGGGAAUAUUUUUGUGCAGAUGGAUAUCAAAUGAUUGGAACUAAGUUCUCUCACUGUGGAUCCAGUGGUCAAUGGAGUCAUUCUCGUCCAAUCUGUCAAGCUCCCAGCUGCCCUAGACUAACUCACAUACCUCAUGGAUUUACCAAUGUUAGCACAGAUCCUGUUUUCGUUGGGACAUCAGUAAAGAUCACCUGCGAUAAAGGCUAUGAGCCCAGUGACCCUAACAUUCUAACUUGUCUGCCUAGUUUGCAGUAUGACCUGCCUGUUCCUUUCUGUACAGACAUAGAUGAGUGCACUAUAGGAAACCAUACCUGUGAAGAGCAUGUUUGUCAGAAUCUACCAGGGGAUUUCUCGUGUUUUUGCAGGAGAGGUUUUCAGCACCCUGUAGGAUCAAAUCACACAUGUAUAGAUGUGAAUGAAUGUGAAGCGAACAAUGGAGGAUGUAAUCACCAAUGCAACAACACAAGGGGAGGCUACUUGUGCCAGUGCGCAGAGCAUUUCCUACUGUAUGAAGGACCAAAAGACCGGAGAUCAAACUUUUCAUUAAGUCCCAACAAAACUUGUAUAGAAACUUGUCAGCUGAUACCAUUGGUUAGUGGCAUGGAUGUGGUUUAUAGUGAGAGACCAUUGUACAAUGGUGUGUACAUUUUAGGUACCAAUGCCACUAUCAAGUGUCCAUCUGGCCAUCACCCUGCACUCAGUAUUACUAGAUGUGUGUCUUUAAACGUUUGGUAUCCAAACUUACAAAAAUGUAAAGUGUCAUCCUGUGUCAAGCCCUCUCCACCACUGAAUGGGAAUGUUUACUAUCACAACCUAACAGUUGGCAGUUCAUUGAGGUACUCCUGUAGGGAGGGCUUUGUCCUGAUCCAACCAGGCAGCGCAAGGUACUGUGUCAUGAAUGCUACUACUGGCAGAAGUAUCUGGACUGGACGUCAGCCGCAUUGUCAAUCUGUGGAUUGUUCUCAACCAAAGGCUCCAGGAAAUGGAACUGUCCACUUCACAACAACUUACUACAACUCUGUGGCACUAUUCAAAUGUUAUUGUGGCUUCCAACUUAUUGGUCAGUCUGUGGCUAAAUGCAAGGCAGAUGGUCAGUGGAGUAGCCAGGCCCCCUUUUGUCAGAUUCAGUCCUGUAAGAAUCCAAGUUCCCUAACCAAUGCUUCCAUUAUCAAGUAUCAGCAAGGUUUUCCUGUUGGUUCAAGUGUAACCUUUCACUGCAACAGGACAGGAUAUACCCUGUCUGAUUAUUCAUCCAUACAAUGCCUGGCAACAAAAGUUUCUAAAGAGUCAAUACUACAGCCAUUGGCUACAUUGACCCAUCAAGUUUAUAUGGAGCUUGGUACUCAUCUGAUCUCUACAUGCCGUGAUGCUUGUGCAGAGAAAUUGCAAGAACUUGCUUUAAUCCAGCUCCAGGAUGUGGUGGAUAUAGCCACUGAGUAUGGUGUAUCUCUGGACAUCAUCCCUAGCACAACAUCUACUAGUGAUAAUCUGUCUGUGAAACUGACAAUAACAGUAUCAUCUACUAAAGUGCUCAAUGUGUGCAACUAUAUUGACCUAGUCAAUUCCACAAUGAGUUCCAUGGACACAGAGAAAUUUCGAGAGUUGUCCUCUUGUGCAGUUAGUUGCCCUUCCAUUAGUGUCUUGAGUGCUUCCACUAAAACCUCUGUAACAUGGGGGUGCUUUUCUGGCCUGACCUUUAAUGGACAAAAUUGUGGUGAGGAGACGGGCCCUGUAUGUUUGGAAGAGUGUGUAGAGAAGGAUCUGAACUUGGCCUCUGAUGAAAUGAUUAAUGAUCUAGAAGAUCCACAACUAGUCUUUGCUCAGUCAACUGUCAGAACUCUGUCCACUGACCAGAUCCAGUCCACUGCACUAUCAUUUUCUCACAGUACAGAAAAAACACUGUCCAGUGAUCUGAGCUUUUCCACCCCAGAACCAAUCACUGCUAGCACUGUGAAUCAAGUAGAAAUGGUUGAUACUUCAGAGGAAACCACACAGCCUACAUCAAACCAUCCCCCAUCAUCCCCGUCCAUUCCAACACUUGUACAUAAUACAAGUGGUUCACAAGACACCACUGAAAAUCCUCAUUUAGUGGGCCCCCAGCGUCAUACUACACAACCCUCUUCAAUCAAAACUUCCAAUAUAGAGCAGAAAACUGAAGACCCUGGAGGACAUCGCUUCACAUUAACUAGCUUUACAGAUAACCCGACAGGAAACUAUUCUACGCUGAAAAUCGAUUCAGAUAGAGAGAAGAGCCCUGUCCACUUGAAUGUCACCGCCAGCGCUAACAAAACCAGUUGCUCUAACAUUUUAUCGAAUGUCAAAAGUGAGAAUGGCUCACGAGGGCAAGAUUCAAGUGCCAAUGAGACAUGGAAAGAUGUUAAUGACCAAGUGAACGAAAAUGACUGCAAUCGUAAUUACAGCUCUGAAAACCAGCCUAACAAUGAGGAGCUUUUAAAACAAGCAGUUAUCUCCUCUGAUACCACCUUGCCGAUCUAUUCUGUUGUGGUGACUGACAGCAUGACUGGUGCAUUCUCCAACAUUUCAUGCAUCAAUGCAUCUCACGUCAGCAUUAACACCAAGGUCAAUGACAUACUGAGAGAGUUCAGUAGCCUGAUUGGUCACACUGUGUGUAUCAAGUCCAACUCCACUUUAGAACUGACCGCAGGAAACAUCAAAUUCAUGGGCUUGAAGGCUAGUAUCUACAUCAACUUUUCCCUUGCCUACACUGUAGCCAGUGAAGAUAAAACUGAGAGAUGUGCUCAUCAGUUCCAAGAGUUUGUUAGAAAGAAUCUCCCCAAAAAGUUUGAUCAAGUUUACAGAGAAGUUGUUGGUGCUGGAUGCGAAGCUGUGAAUUACACUGGUGCAGAGACAGAGGUUUCACUGGUUGGAUGGACUUGCCACCAUGGCUAUGUCAUGGAUGAAACACUUUUUAAGUGUUUACAUCCAAGAACCAAAGCAUCUUCCGUUCCAAUUGUUGUCUUGGCAGUACCAAGGCUGAAGUUUGCUUUUGUAGCCAAUUUCACAGCCGAUCACUUAAGACAUCACAUGAGUUCCGACUGUAAGGAGGACUAUACUUCAAAUGUCAACAGUUUAGUAAAUGCUUAUGUACAGGAGCUAUUCCGAAAUGUCUCUGGUUUCAAUGUCAGUGUGGACAAAAUCACAACAUUGUCUUAUGGGGAAAAUGUGAUCAGUUGCAAUGGUUCAGUUCACCUUGUACCACUCAAAGAGUCCCUCAACUCAUCAUCUCUGUUAAGUCUGGCUAUGACACUGGCCAAUCACUCUCAACAUCCUGCUUACAACCUGGAGUCAGCAAACAAUCCAGAUGUUCCUGGAUGUACACAGAUCCGUUUGACAUCUCUGAGGACAUUAGUCGAUAGCUCACCUUUCUACUGCCAACCAGAGGAUGUGUUUGAUGACUUUAACUUGAAAUGUCUCCACGAGGAGCUGCCAGUUCUCGUGGCCAAUGUCUCGCUGUCCAUUCAAGGUCACUACACAGGUGAGCAGUGUCAGAGGUCAGUGACUGCAUCAGCUGAGGUCAUGUAUAAGGAAGUGGUUAAAGACAUACAGAUAAGUAUUGGCCGGCGACAGAUUUGCAACACUGCCAAGGAUACAUUGAUACAGCUAGCUCAGAUUUUUGUUAAUAUUCUUGAUGGUAAAGUGCAGAUAACUCUACCGUUGAAAGUACUUAGUAUACAAGGGCGUAAGCAAGAUUGUGAAAAGUGUGUGAAGGAAGUGUUCCAUUACCUGCGGACAGCGUUGGUGCAACCCACUGAUGCCAUGGUCCAAAACAUCACCCAAUCCUGCAGGCAAAAUGUCCAGAUUCCUGAAAACUAUACCACCUCCUCAGCUCAAUGGAAGUGUAUUCCAAGACUUCAGUACAACUCAGUCCAACACAGAUGUGAAUCGUCUUUAGAUGAUAAUAAUGGUCAUCAGUCUAAAAGAAGAAGUAAGCGAGAUGUUCCAGAGUUGGUUGACUGGAGCGGUCCACCUCCACAGUGUAUUGAUUUGGAGCCUCCAAAAUUUCAAGACUGCCCUGGUUUGCCAAGAGUGAUCACUCUCAAUCAGUUUUUAAGCAGACAAGUUGUCAAGCUUCCUGAAGUGACAGACAACUCUGGCCUGGUGCCCAUCAUCUCUUACAAUUCUUCACAUUUUAAAAUUGGGAAACCUGUACCAAAAAGCAUUUCACUGUCAAUCAAGGCUGUUGAUAGUGCUGGACUUGAUGCUACGUGUAACAUUGAAUUGAUCAUUGAAGAUGAGAUUCCGCCUGAACUCAAGUGCCCAGAAGUGGUCAAUAUUUCUGAGAGAUUCACCAGCAAGACAUAUAGGAUCAAGUACUCUGAUUUAAACAUAACCUACAGUGACAACUCUGGCAAUGUUACACUGAGAUAUUAUCCGCCAGAAGAUAGUGAAGUCUCCAUCACAGAGGAUGUAAUGGUCACAGUCGUAGCGGCAGAUAGAAGUGGCAACACCAGGACAUGCCAGUUUAAAAUUGUAUUUUUCCCUCAAGGCUGUUCUGGUGAGCUCCUCCCUGGCCAUUAUGGAGUUGGUAAAAACUGUACAGAAACUGGCCUCAACAAGGAGGACUUAGUUUGUUUCAUAACAUGUCCGGGGCACACUGAGCCAGUUCAAGUUCUUUCUUGUCAUGCUGGGAAAUGGAAUUCGUCUUUACAAGAGUGUGCUGUUGCAAAUGGAUGUCCCGCUGGAUACUCUUAUUCAAGCUAUGGCGUCUGCUAUGAAUGUGAUGUAGGUUAUUAUCGAAGCGACCUGACCUUGAAAGAGUGUGUUAAAUGUCCUGAUGGGCAAUCCACUCCUGCCAAAAAGUCUACAAGUUUAUCUGAGUGUCAAGAAAUGUGCGGACUGAAUGAGUUCUCAGCUACAGGCUUGAAGCCAUGCCAGCCAUGUCCAAAUGGCUACCACCAGCCAAAAAAUGGAAGCAAAUAUUGUGAGAAGUGCAGUCACACUGAGCAGUAUUGUCAAAGUCAUUGUCUGCGCGGUAACUACAGUGCUAGUCGGACUGCUCCUUGUAAACCCUGCCCUCUCAACUACUACAACCUGAAGUACUUUAGUUUCAAGUGUAAUCCUUGUCCUGACAAUCAGGUGACCAAAAGUGUGGGCAGUAAAUCACGCACUGAAUGUGUCCCAGAUAAUUGUCCAAUAGGCUCAUUCCGUCAUAACUGUACCUGCUUCUUAAAUCAGUCAGACGUAUGGUGCACAUGUAAUGGUUCGGUCUGUUCAUCAAGUCAUGACCCAUGUCAGAGUCAUCCUUGUCACAACCAUGGCACCUGUCACACAAAUGGCAGUGAGUUUACUUGCGACUGUCCAUUAGGUUACACAGGACCAACAUGUGCUGAGCUAGUACCCAGUUACCAGUCAGUAUCAUGGGAUCAUGGCAACAAUGAUACCCAAGAUUGCAAGUUACAGUGUGAUAAUGGUGGAACUUGUGUUCCUAUUGGACCUGUCAGCCAAUGUCACUGUCUGGAUGGAUUCACUGGCUUACACUGUGAAGUGAACAUGGAUGAUUGUCUGGAGAACUAUUGUUUGAAUGGUGGACAGUGCCUUGAUGGAGUUAACAUUUUCACUUGUUUAUGUCCCAAGGGUUUUUCUGGAGACCUUUGCCAAAUCAAUCUAGAUGACUGUGUUAGCUCCCCUUGUCAGAAUAAUGGAGUUUGUAUAGACAACAUUGAUGGAUUUACAUGUGUUUGCCAGCCUGGCUACAGUGGGGAUUUGUGUGAGAGGGUGCCUGACCCAUGCCAAUCCAACCCCUGUGAAAACAACGGAACCUGCGUGUCAUCUGUGUCUGGCUCACCAUCAAACUUCUCCUGUGACUGUGCACAAGGUUACACUGGUCAAACAUGUGAGACUGCUAUCAGCUUUUGUGACCCAAUGCCCUGUAAUAUCAAUGGAACUUCCAGGUGUCAAGAGUCCACAUCAGAGUGUCUGUGUCUGCCUAACUGGCAAGGCAAAUUGUGUACAGUAUACUAUGAUACUUGCAAGGACAAUCCCUGUGGUCAAGAUGCCAUCUGUGUUCCUGAUUCAACACAACUCUGUCUUUGUCCAGUCAAUGUUACCAGCAUUUCUUGCUAUAAGAUAACUGAUGCUUGCAGUUCAAGUCCUUGUGAAAACAGUGGUCAGUGCAUUUUAUCAGAAAACAACUAUACAUGUCAGUGCAGUCAAGGAUUCACAGGCUUGAAUUGUGAGACAAAUAUAGAUGAGUGCAGCUCUCAGCCCUGCCAGAACAAUGGAACAUGUUCAGAUGGCAUUAAUCAAUUCUUUUGUAGCUGUCCCCUGGGAUUUGCUGGAGAGCUGUGUGAGGUGGACAUUAAUGAGUGCUUACAUCUCCCAUGUUUGAAUAAUGGCACCUGUUUACAGUUCAAUGGAGACUAUAGUUGCAUAUGUCUGACAGGUUUCACUGGUAAAAACUGCGAAACAAAAGUCAGUCCAUGUCAGUCCCAACCUUGCCAGAAUAAUGGAUUGUGCCAAGAAAUAGAAGCUGGAUUUGUGUGUUCAUGUUUACCUGGCUAUACUGGUGACCUAUGUCAGACGUCUGCUGCAGAAUGUUUGAAUAGUUCCAUCUGUUUGAAUGGUGGUAAAUGUUACAGACAAAACUCUGUUGACAUCUGCAAGUGUAGCCCUUACUUUGUAGGACCUGAUUGUUCCAAAGAACAAACACAUAACUUUGACUUGUAUUUUGAUGGCACUGACCACUCAGCUGUACUCAUACCCACACUGAAUGCAAGUAAACUGCAGGAACUCACUUUGUGUUUGUGGUUCAACAUGGAGUCAGAGAGCAGCUAUCUUUCCCUGGAAACUGACCACAUGCCAUUGGUAUCAUUGAGAAACUCCAAUAAGAUGGCAUCUUACAUAAUGAACAUUUCAGUACAAAUUCAAAGAAUGGACGGUCUGUGGCAUCAGUUUUGUUUUGUCCUGAAUUCCAUCAAUUGGUUUGUUUACUUGGAUGGACUCAAGACUUUGCUUGGAGAAACCAAAGAGUGGACUGUCAAUAAAAGCUUAAAAUUGACUCUGGGUCAGAAACUGGGUGUGGAAGAUGAAGGCAGGGUCAGAGGUCAUCUAAGUGCUGUCAACAUUUACAGCCAAGCACUGACAGAAGACAACAUUAAAAAUAUGUCUAUUAGCUGUCAGCAGAGAGAGCCAGGUGAUGUCUUCAAUUGGGUUACUGCACUUGCCUAUAUAGAGGAUGGCGCUCAGAUUUCAAUGCCUUCACAAUGUGGGAAGAAACUCUGUAGCACCUUACCAUGUGGGGUCACCACCUCUGCAGAUGUUGUUGACAAAAUGGUUCCGAUUGUCGUCAGCUGUCCUAAAGAUCUAGUUGUGACCAAUGCCAAGAGUCCAGUGUCAGUCAGUUGGGAAGAGCCUACAUUCACAGAUAAUAUAUCUGUGGUCAGGAUCAAACAAAACUACAGAUCAGGCCAGUUGUUUGCUCAUGGCUACUACAAAGUGAUCUACCUUGCCUAUGACAGUGACAAUAACUCUGCUGAAUGUAGUUUUGAUUUGUUUGUCCGAAAUUCCCAGUGCGUAGAUCCCCCGCCUCCUCAAGGUGGAAGCAGACUAUGCCAGGACUGGGCCAAGGGAAGGUACUGUGUACCGUCUUGUAUGAGCCAGUUUAGUUUUGUGGCCCCUGCACCCAGGUUAUAUAGGUGCGGACAAGAAGGUGUGUGGGAUCCACCCACGGCCUCGCCUGGAUGUGCCCGAAAUAAUAUGGCCAACUACACCAUCUCUGGGAGUCUUACAUUUGUUGGAUCAGACUGUUCACCAAGCCGAGAAAACGAACUAGAAUUAACAUUUACAGCGAUAACCAACAGAGUAUGUUCCCCUGACAAGUAUUUCUGUAAGAGGAAUCUGCUGGUUGAAUGCAGAAGAGAGGGGCUGAACAGGAGGAAGAGACAAGCUGAAGCUGGCUUCUACAAUGUAACAUUGAACAUUACAGUAGUUCCAAACCAUGCUGCAGAGUCUUCCUACGUGAUUGACACAAUGCCAGAGACUAUUCUACAGGAAAUCAAAAAUGAGACUGAUGCAAAGUUUACACUGACCUCUGUCCAGUUUCAAACAUCACCACAAUGUCAAUCUGGACAAACAUUACAGAAUAGUUCCUGUGUCGACUGCCUGGCUGGCUACUAUGUGGACACUGAAGGUGUGUGUCGGCGCUGCCCUAAAGGAUGGUACAAUGAGAAGCCACUGCAGACCAAGUGCAUCAAGUGUCCAGAUGGAAUGACCACUGUUAAAGAAGGAUCAAGCCAAUCCUCUGACUGUACCAGCCAGUGUGAUGUGGGCCAUUUCUUUAACGAGUCCACAUCUAGAUGUGAGCCUUGUCCACUGGCUCAUUACCAGGACAAAACUGGUAUGUGGGAUUGCCAAAAGUGUCCAGCAGGUGCCACCACAGACUAUAAAGGAGCCAAAUCUUUGCUAGAGUGCUUGGAUUUGUGCAAAGCAGGAGAGGAGUUAGGUCCAGACGGGACUUGCCAGCUUUGUCCAGAAGGCACUUUUAGAGGAGAACAAAGCUCAAGUCCUUUCUGUGUUCCUUGUGUUAGUGAGUGGACCACUGCAGGCCCUGGCGCAGUUAGUGAGAGACAGUGUAAUGUUGCUCAGUGUCCAAAGGGUCAGUAUAAAAACAUAAAAGAACAGAGUUGUCUGCCUUGUCCUAAAGGAACAUACCAGCCAGUUCCUGGGGAGAAGUCUUGCCUAUUUUGUGUUCAAGGUCAAACUACAGAGUCUGUAGGUGCUGACAGGAAAGAGUUGUGCAUCAAGACAAAUGUCUCAAACAACGAGUAUGCUUGUGAGAAUAUUUGCAAGACAGAGAGACCUUGUGAAAAUGAAAGCAGCUUCAAUCAAUGUUCCUGUCCAACUGAAAUAUGCAGACAGACUUCUAAUGGAGAUGUCAAUCAAAUACUGCUCAUUACAAGCAUGACCCUCUCAGCUGUGGCCACUAUAGUACUUCUAGUAGUCAUUACGGUGUGCAUACAUAGGAGAACUCUUCAGUUUAAAGUGAAGAAAAGAGUUAGAAUGUACAGAGAGGAGACUCAACUUGUCGCCUUUUCCAACCCAGCCUUUGACUCACUGUCUGGCUCAGAGUGGACACGGGGAGAGACACAUAUACCCAUUAGGAUAGCCACGAGAUGGCACCGAAACUAUUUCACAUCUCACAGCUCUGCCAACAAAUCUGAUGUUGAGUCAACGAACUUCUAAUAUAAGGCAUCCUAGUUCAGUAGCCGAAUCAAAAUCUGAAUCAACAUUUUGUAAUAAGUUGACCUCACGCUACUUGGAACUAGAAACCUUUUCAAACAAAUCUGAAAUUUUCAACUAGCUCCAAAAAAGAUUGACACAUAAACCUCAUCUUCCAAUCUCAUUGGACAAAAGACUUGAAGUGUGUCAGCAAAGAGUCUUGUCUUGUGAAGCCUUAAUGCUUGUACGGGAGUGGGAUGACUUCACAGUUUUCUCCCUUGCAUUGAGUUGAAAUAUUUUGAGUGUCAUGUCCUUGUCUAAGAGACGAGUGUUUUAAAACUGUUAGGCUGCAAGAUCAAAUUGUUAUGAAAACAGUCUUAAAAAAAAACAAUCUUAAAAACAUUCCAAUAUUUAUUCCACUUUUGGCAUUCUUAGUUUUGUAAAAUUGAAUUGCUAUGGACACUUAGUUUAAAAAAUACCUGUGUUGCAUUAGCUCAGUUUAAAACAAAACAUGAAUGUUAAGAAUGUUGGUGUAUUUAUUAUAACUGGAAGGACACACAGGACACUAAAUGCAACCAGAAACUUUUGAACAAAAAAAUAAUUUUAUGUCUAUCAAUUGUAAGUUUUUUUUUUUUUUUUUUUUUUUUAAUUAUUUUUAAAUUUUACCAAUGAUCUGAAGAAGUUGAUAGCUGUCUGCUUCAAAAGAUUUCUAGGAAUUCAAAAAUGUUCAUUUUUAAUUGUAUUCAUGUCCAUUUUUGUUUUCAUGUUUGUACCUUUUGAUUUUUUUUUAACAGCUCCUGUCUUAUGUUGAAGAUCAUUUCAAAUUCUUUUCAUUGUAUAGAAAGUUGUGUUUUUUACGUGUUGUUUAUGCAUUGUAAACGUACUGUUUUUGCAGUAACAGUAUGUGUUACGAUGUUUACCUCUAGCUGUAACAAUUUCAUGUUCCAUUGGGUAUGUACAUUUCCUGCAGAAACAACUACCAUGAUACAUUUACAUUACCAGUAGUUGAUUUGUUCUUUAUAGCAUUGCAAUAUCAUCUUAUCUUUAUUGGCUGGUGUAAAGAUGUAAAUAUUGAUCUUCAACUUACUUGUGUUCCACUGACCUAUGUAUACAUCAUCUAUUCAAACACAUGCAUCAUUUAUUCAAAGACAUGAAAUUGUGAAUGCAAUAAUCAGGGACUUCUGUUUUUUGUACUUAUUUUAGUGUAUAGUGUAAUAAUAUGGACUGAUCAAGAAGUGGUAUGCUAUUGUAUGAUACUUGUGCAUUGAAAAUGUUGUUUUCAAUAACCUCUUGUAGUAUUGUAAAUUUGUUUUCACUGUAUGCAUCAUGCCAGCAGUUAAGAGAGAUGCAGUUUAAAAUAUCUUUUCAAAACCUGCAUUAUUUCUAAUAAAAUAGUUUUAAAAUAUAUUAUUCACCUUUGUAACUCAAGCCCAUACACAUACUAUUCUAAGUAAGUAGUCAAGAAUAUAGUAACAAAAGUAUGCUUAUGAAUAAUAUUCUUUAAAUGAUAGUUCUUUCAAGUUCAUCUGUUUGUUGUCUAUUUUGUGGUAUUCUUCACUUUUAGAAAUAAUUUCUCAGUGUCUUGUUUUCCUAAGUGCCUAAGUCACAUUGUACCAGUCUUUUCUUCUUGCCAUGUUUUCCUAAGUCACAUUGUGCCAGUCUAUUUCUCCUUGCCAUGUUUUCCUAAGUCACAUUGUGCCAGUCUAUUUCUCCUUGCCAUGUUUUCCUAAGUCACAUUUGCCAGUCUUUUCUCCUUGCCAUGUUUUCCUAAGUCACAUUGUGCCAGUCUAUUUCUCCUUGCCAUGUUUUCCUAAGUCACAUUGUGCCAGUCUUUUCUCCUUGCCAUGUUUUCCUAAGUCACAUUGUGCCAGUCUUUUCUCCUUGCCAUGUUUUCCUAAGUCACAUUGUGCCAGUCUUUUCUCCUUUCCAUGUUUUCCUAAGUCACAUUGUGCCAGUCUUUUCUCCUUGCCAUGUUUUCCUAAGUCACAUUGUGCCAGUCUAUUUCUCCUUGCCAUGUUUUCCUAAGUCACAUUGUGCCAGUCUUUUCUCCUUGCCAUGUUUUCCUAAGUCACAUUGUGCCAGUCUUUUCUCCUUGCCAUGUUUUCCUAAGUCACAUUGUGCCAGUCUUUUCUCCUUGCCAUGUUUUCCUAAGUCACAUUGUGCCAGUCUUUUCUCCUUGCCAUGUUUUCCUAAGUCACAUUGUGCCAGUCUUUUCUCCUUGCCAUGUUUUCCUAAGUCACAUUGUGCCAGUCUUUUCUCCUUGCCAUGUUUUCCUAAGUCACAUUGUGCCAGUCUUUUCUCCUUGCCAUGUUUUCCUAAGUCACAUUGUGCCAGUUCUUAUUCCCUUGCCUGCAUUUCUGGUUCUUCCACAUGUGUUUGUAUUAAUAGUUGUUGAUAGCUUUAGGAAAAUUAGUGGAGGAGAGAUCUGUCUCUCAUGUAUAUUCCAUAAUCUUAUGCAAUUGUUGUUAAAGAACCAUUUGUUUAUUUAUUGUACAACUUAACAAAAUUUCUCUCUCUCUCAAGACCUUGUGUCUUCCAUGCUUAUUAGCACCAUCCUCAAGACCAGGCUCAACACCAUUGUUAAAUCAGUACUACUUUAUGGAGCAGAGACCUGGGGAUUCACCCGUCACCAGGAGCCACCUGUCACCACCAUAAAACAAAUCCAGGUAUUCAUCAAUACCUGCCUCAUGCAGAUUCUUAUGAUCCACUGGCCAGACAAGGUCUUGGAUGAGGAACUGUGGCCAAUAACAAACCAGCAGCCCAUUGAAGUAGAUAUGGAUAGGUCACACCCUUUGCAAGCCUGCAUCUAACAUUGCAAGGCAGGCCCUCACCUGAAACCUCCAAGGAAAGAGAAAGAGGGGACGGUCCAGGAAUACAAUUUGGAAUCAGAUGGCAAACAGACUGGAAAGAUGUAGGGACAGUUAGAGAGACUGCCAGAACUGAGAUUCCUGAAGGAAGCUGGUUGGUGGACCCAGACAGGACUCUUAAGACAGCGAUGAUGAAAUGAUAUGUUUUCCCAGACCUAUCGAGAUGAUUAUUUUGUCAGCCUUCAUUCCACCUAAUACUGCUGUGCCCUAAAAAUAAUUUUGAUUAGCAAGUUGAUAGGAAUUUUUUUGAAUCAAGUCAAUAACAGACAUACAUUUAAAGGAAAUUUUUAAAAAUAAAUUUAGUAAAAGAUUUUUUAAAAAACAUGAAUUUCUGAGCUUAUAAUCACAUCGAAGAUAGCACACCUGAUUGACCAAACAGCUAGCUAUUUCAAUUGGAUCAAUUCUACAAUCACUCACGUCAAAUCAGUUCUGAUAAAGUGGAUAGUAUGUUUAGAAAAUAAUAUAUAUAUAUAUAUAUAUAUAUAUAUAUAUAUAUAUAUAUAUACAUAUAUAUAUAUCAAUACUGCAAUAUUUAGUGCUUCCUGAAUGUGUUUACUAUUUUAUUUCUGUCAGUUUUGCAGUGUUAAGUUAUUUACAUCUGAUACGUAAGUAUGCAUCUUGUUAAGUAUUUUUAUAACUUCAUAUUGACAAUGUGUAUAGAAUGUUUGAUGAUGAAGUCUGCUUUGUGCUACAGUAAUUGAACUUUAUUCAAGUGUAAAUUAUGUUUGGUUUUGGUUACUUGAUUAACAUACUGUUAUAUUUAGCCCCUGGAUGGGCUUCUUGUUCCAGACUUGUUAAUCCCUUGGUUGGGCUUGUUGCCCCUUCCUUUUCAACUAUGAGCUUGUUGUUCCAGACCUUUGUUAAUCUCUUGGUGGGCUUGUUGCCCCUUCCUUUUCAACUAUGAGCUUGUUGUUCCAGACUUGUUAAUCCCUCGGUGGGCUUGUUGCCCCUUCCUUUUCAACUCCUAUGUGAGUUUGUUGUUUCCCUGUGAAAUAUUUUCUAGUCUUUUUUGUUUUCUUUUAAAAAAUAUCUUCAUGUUUUUUUUUAAAGAUGUUUUUAAAACCUAGUCACUACACCAAGGCUACAACAUUAUGAUAGAACAUACUUUUUACUUGACAAUGUGAUUAAUUUGCCAUGACUAAUGGAGCACACCAUGUUAACAACUAUGCAAUAUGAAUUACUUCAUGAAUGUUGUACAACUUUCUUUCGGAGCUUUGUUUUUUGCUUUUGAUGUUUUAUGUUAUGAAAAAAUGUUGAUUUGGUUUGUUUUAUUUCCACUAGUCUUAGAAAUGUUGAUUAGUUCCUUUUUGCCUUCUACAUAUUUCUUUGUUGUCAUUAAUUUCAUGAUUUGUUUCUUUAUUUCACUUUGCUUUACUAGUCAAGUUUUUUUUUUAUCAACAACUUAGUGACAUUCAAAUUUUGAAAUAAACUGUUUACACCUGAUGAGAUGCUAAAAUUA